GCCCAACCCCAAACAGACUCGCUCUCUGGCCUCGGCUCAGCACCUAGCGCCUCGCUCUCCGCCCCAUCCAUGUCGUCCGGUGAGCUGCCGCUGCCUUCUCGCGUCUCCGCCCGGCUGCCGGUCUCCGCCCUGCGCUUCCGCUCGCGCUCCACCCGCGCUUCCGCUCUCCGCUCUCCGUCCGGAAGCUGGGCGCUGCUGCUCGCCUCUGCUUCCGCUCCAUUCACGCCAGGCUGCCGAACGCCGUCCCGCGCCUCCGCUCCCACCCCGCCGCCGGGCGCCGUCCAGCGCGUCCGCUCCGGUCCCAUCCGCAGCCCGGACGCCAGGAGCCGUCCCACGCCUUCCCUCGCCCGUCCUCGCCCUCCGUCGCUCGCUGGACGCCGCCGCCGAUGGACCAUGCCGCCGCCGCCGCCCUCCGCACUCGUGUCGUCGCGCUCCUCCUCUCUUCCCUAUAACUGCGGGAUCUCCGGGCUGGUUCCCUUCCCCGCCGGGGUUCCAAUCGCCGCCACCGAAUGCCCCCCACGCGCGUGGCAUAGCCUUGCUGCGACCGCCCGCAAGAACCUCUGGUGGUUGGGGGUGGCCCGACGCUUCGAUUUUGCUUCGAUUUUUGCGGGGGAGACGGUUUCGAUUGAGAGGACCCUCGCUUCCCCCUUUCCUCCGACGAUUGGCUUCGUUUGGUGACUCGGGGGGAUGGGGCUGCAGCAGUCCUAGGAGGUGCUGUUGUACCAGCAAGUCAACUACGGCAACGUCGACGGGAUUGGCUCUCAAGUGGAUUGACAAGGAAGGCAAGACACCCCUGAUGGUCGCCUGCAUGAGGCCUGACCUACUCAACGUGGCCAGGUGCUCAUCGAGUUCAGAGCCAAUGUGAAUGCCUACCGCCCUGCUGAAGCCAGGUUAUUAUGCUCACUCAAGCUGAAGUAAUUUAUUUAAAUACUACCAAGCAUUUUGGGAGAAGGGGGUGGGGGUGGUUAAACUGCUCACUUGAGUAGCCAAUUAGGGUAGAUUUCGGGCAAGCAAGGGUCACAUUGUGGGACUGCAUCGCACCAUGCUGCCAAGAAAGGCUCAACGAGACUGUCCAUUUACUCCUCUCACAUGGAGAUAGCUUAUGGGGGAAGUAUGCUAUAGACAUUCGGUUUCUGCAAGAGAUAAGGAUAUAGACUUACAUGAUGUGCUCAUCUCUUGACACCCAAUGCUGAAAGAAAGGCAAGUAAUACAAAUCUCUUUUACAAAAGUUAUGAACAAUUCGCAGUUAGCCCUAUAGAUAUUGCUGAAGACAUAAUCUUAUUAUGAUAUUCUUUUACUGAGAAAUAUGCAAUGUGGUGCCCUUAAUUUCAUUUUUCUGGAGAAAUGAUUUCCUCUUCAUGUUAUCUACUAGCUUAUAUGGGUCCUUAACUUGCAAUCAAAUAUUGUGCUGAUAACCUUUGUGUUGUGACAGUAUCAUGGUUCUUAGUUGUUACUCUAACCUUAUCAUGAUGCCAUCUUUUCAGAGAACAGAUAAGUAUUUAGGCAGUAUUGAAACCUGAAACAAAGUGGAUAAAUAACUUAAUGAAGCCCUGAAUGAGUUUGGAAUGCCAUGGCACAUACGUUUGCACACUAAGAAUAACCAUUUUCUCUUAAUAUUUCCAUGCGUUGCAUUGGUACACAAAGCGCUAAAAAUCCUACCAAGUAUAACCUUGGGCAUGUAGGACAGUGAUUAAUGGGGCUCAUGGAUUCUAGGUGGUCCUAUCCUUUGGGAAGGAAUGGACACCGAAAUGCCAUCAUAUCUCACUUAAAAAAUGCUCGGCCAACUCUAUGGCUGUUAAUACAGCAAUAAAUACUCCUGCUGAUCUCUGGUGAUGGAAUUGAGAUUAGAGUAUAAUGUCUAAUGAAAUUAGAGUAUAAUUCCUAUUCUUGGGACUGAAGCAUUGAGAUGCAAGAAUUAUCGAUAUGAUACUUCCUAAUUGUAGUCCUGAUGAAACACUCCCACUGGCUAAAAUUAGUAGCUGGAUACUCAAUCACUUAGCACAUAAAUGAUUGGUGGGUGGUCAUAGAAAGUAAAUACGUGAAAGAAAGGAAAAUUGUUCUUUUUGUGGUUAGAUUUGUAGACACGUGAACGAUGAUUCAAUGCGAAUCACGCACAUAUCAAAAUUUUCUUUGAUCCUGCAGAUGAACUCAUCAACUGCACUAGGAUUUCUCUCUUUUCUGCUACUGGGCUGGACUUCCUUACAAUGAAAUUACCGAUCGAUCAGAUAUUCUGAUUAAAUUAACUGCUUGUUUGAUUAAAAAUUAGCCUGGCCAAAGUAGUGAUCUCUUAUAGAAAUAUGUGGUCAUUUUUAUUCCUUCCGGAUGUAGCUCAGCAAGUCUCAGUCUGUACCAUCUUAAGGGUGAACGCCAUUCCAGAAAGAAAUAUUCUCUGCUCAAGUUGUAUUCAAACAAAUCACUAGCCUGAACAUUGUAUGUAAUAUCAAUCUGGAACCCUAUCUCAUGCAAAUGUAUUCUUUUCUGGCUAUCUGAUGAGCCAUGUACAAGUUUCAGUUUGUACAAUGUAUAUUCUCUGCGCGCUCAGUGAAAAAGCGACAAAUUGUGGUGUAUAUGCAAUGGCUAAGCUACUAAAAAGUAUUGGGGUAUGACAACAUCCAGUCGGGAUUUAGGCAGAUUGCUAAAAAUAAUAAUUAAUGUAUUUUGCUAAAAAAUAACUCACCUUUCAUAACUAUUGUUCAGCGGUCAUCAGAACGCCAACCAAUUUGGCGGUAUCGUGAGGCAUGCCCCACCUUACCUCCAUUUUCUGCUUGGUGAAAACAGUCAUGGCUGAGCACUUACUUUGAAUUAUUUGAUGCCCCAAAUCUGCACUAAAUGGUAGCUAAACAAGUCACCCACUAUAGCUCUCUCUCUCCGCUCUAAAUGGUUGUUUCUUUAUGAAGCACUGCCGCUGCAGGGCAGAGCAAGCUUUUCACCUAUACUAAAUAUUUCUGCACACAUUUUUGAUCUGCUACUGAAUAUUCUAAAUCUAUCAUACUGUUCUGGUACCAUUAUCUAACAUAUUGAAGAAGUUCGAUGGUGAGACUGACAUAGGUUGUUCGGCCAUCCACACCCUGACCUUGACUGAAUCUCUAUGUGGCUUCCAAUUUGUUCUGACUCACUUCGAUAACAGGCAGCUGCUGAUCAAAUCAAAUCCUGGUGAAGUUGUGAGGCCUGAUUCUUUCAAGGCGAUUAAUGACGAGGGCAUGCCCAUGUACCAGAGGCCCUUCAUGAAGGGCAAGCCGUACAUCCACUCCUCGGUUGAGUUCCCGGACUCCUUGAACCCGGAGCAGUGCAAGGCCCUGGAGCUGUAGGCCGUGCUCCUGCCGAAGCCUAAAACACAAUACACCGACAUGGAGCUGGACGAGUGGAGAAAAUGCCGUAUGACGUAUUGAGGAAUAGAUGCGGAGUCGGCAGCAAUAGCACCAGGAGGCCUACGACGAGGAGGCAGACAUGCCUGGCGGCGCCUAGAGGGUGCAGUGCGCCCAGCAGUAGGUGGCUGGCGCCGCAGCAAGAAUUGUUUGAUGGUGGCGGCAAAUUUGUUUUUAAGCAUUGUGCGACUAUUGUUGGCUCCAAGUAUUAUCUCCGUACGAUAUACUAACGUGCACCACUUUUAAAAAUUAUAAACUAUAAUAUUGUUUAUGUAUCUAUGUUUCCUACAAAUAUUUUACGCCGCCGUGGAAAUGCACGGGCAUUCUACUAGUAAUAAUAAAAGAAGAGUUUCGAGCACUAAUACUACUUGCUAGACAGCUCGAUCUUUAGCUCACUAGCUAUAAGACACUGCACCUCGCUCGAUUACGGUGGCCAGAGGCAUGCAAAUGGAAGAGCAGCAGGGCAGCAGCAUGGUCGCCGAUCCGGUGACCGCAGUCCUAGUGGCGCUGAUCGCGGCCUUCACCACCGCCGUGGCCUUGCACCACCUCAUCAUCUCCCGGUGGAGCCUGCAGCAGGCCCUCCGGCUGCCACCGGGCCCGACGAGCCUCCCGGUGAUCGGGCACCUCCACCUGCUCCGGCCGCCGGUCCACCGCACCUUCCAGGAGCUGGCGUCCCGCGCGGGCCCCCUGAUGCACAUCCGCCUGGGCUCCACGCACUGCGUGGUGGCGAGCACCGCCGACGUCGCCGGCGAGCUGAUCCGCGGCCACGAGGGCAGCAUCUCCGAGCGGCCGCUCACGGCGGUGGCGCGGCAGUUCGCCUACGGCUCGGCGGGCUUCGCCUUCGCCCCCUACAACGCACACUGGCGCUUCAUGAAGCGCCUCUGCAUGUCGGAGCUGCUGGGCCCGCGCACCGUCGAGCAGCUGCGCCCCGUCCGCCGCGCCGGCGCCGUUGCGCUGCUGCGCGCCGCGUUGGCGGCGUCGGCGCGCGGCGAGGCGGUGGACCUCACCCACGAGCUCAUCCGCCUCGCCAACACCUCCGUCAUCCGGAUGGUCGCCAGCACCGUGCCCCGGAGCGUCGCCGACUACAUCGCCCUCUGCCGCGGCUGGGACCUCCAGGGCCUCCGCAGGCGAGCCGCCGACGUCCACCGCCGCUUCGACGCGCUGCUGGAGGAGAUCAUCAGGCACAAGGAGGAGGCCAGGGAGGAGCGGAGGCUCCUCACGGCCGACGACCACACGAAGGCCAAGGACUCCACGACGCACAAGGACCUGCUGGACAUCCUCAUGGACAAAGCCGAGGACAAGACUGCGGAGGUGAAGCUCACACGGGACAACAUCAAGGCCUUCAUCAUCGACGUGGUGACUGCUGGGUCGGAUACGUCGGCGGCCAUGGUGGAGUGGAUGCUGGCGGAGCUGAUGAACCACCCAGAGGCCCUGCGCAAGGUGGUGGCGGAGAUCGACGCCGUGGUGGGCGGGGGCCGGAUCGCCGGCGAGGCGGACCUGCCGCAGCUGCCGUACCUGAUGGCGGCGUACAAGGAGACGCUGCGGCUGCACCCCGCGGCGCCCAUCGCGCUCCGCCAGUCGUCGGAGGAGAUGGUGGUGCGCGGCUUCACCGUGCCGCCGCAGACCGCCGUGUUCAUCAACAUCUGGGCCAUCGGGCGGGACCCGGCCUUCUGGGAGGAGCCCCAGGCGUUCCGGCCGGAGCGGUUCCUGCCCGGCGGCGGCGCCGAGGGGCUGGAGCCCCGCGGGCAGCACUUCCAGUUCAUGCCAUUCGGCAGCGGCCGCCGGGGAUGCCCCGGCAUGGGCCUGGCGCUGCAGUCCGUGCCGGCCGUGCUGGCCGCGCUCGUGCAGUGCUUUGACUGGGCGGCCGGUGGCGACGGCCACCAGUUGAUUGACAUGGAUGAGUCCGACGGCCUGGUGUGCGCUCGCAAGCAACUGCUCCUGCUCCGCCCCACACCUCGCUUCAACCCAUUCCCGGCCGUCGUCUGAUCUAACUUUACCCCGUCGGUGAUGACCAUGUCCUCUAUACAUAUAUACAUUACCUACCACCAUGGAAGAUAAAAUCGAAUUGAAGUAUGUGGAUGAGCAAGCUAAGAUCCAAAGAAACAGCAGGCACCACCGUACCAUGGAUGGAUACGGCGUGACAUUCAUUUGUCCAAUGUCGUCCUUGGUCAUCCCUUUGAUUGAUGAGCACUCAUGAGUCAUCAAUUAAGUUGGCAGGACACUGCGUGCUUCUUUCUUUAUGUUAUAACCAAAGUUUUAAAUAGCCGACUAUAGCUUCCGUUAUAGACCGCUAUAGUUUCUAGAAA